AUGCAACCUAUUUUUCUGUUCGCACUCACUGCGGGUGUUGUAUUCCUUGUUCUCGUUGAUCUCGCCUCGGGCCUUGACGGACUGGAAACCCUAACAUCUGGCGCCGACUUCGACGAGCUCACGACCGUCGAAGACAAAAGGCUCUUGAAAGGUGCUCAUCUCCACGAAAAACUGAGCGAAGAACGGGCAUUCAUUUCUGGGGAAAGUAUCGGUACAUGGUGGACCCAGGUGACGGAGUGGCUCAGGGUCAAGUCCGAACCCAUCAUUGCAUACAUCAAGCAACUCAUGGUCAAGAGCAACAAUGUGAAGGACGAUGCCACCGCUAUCGAAGCUGCUCGUGCCAAAAACGAUAUCGCUGCCAACGAAGCUGCUCAUGACAAGGAGGACGCUGCCAUUAACGAUGCUGCUCAUGCCAAGGACGAUGCUACCACAAACGAAGCUGCUCAUGCCAAAUACGAUGUUGCUACCAACGAAGCUGCUCAUGCAAAGGAGGACGCUGCCACCAAUGAUGCUGAUCAUGCCAAGGACGAUGCUGCCGCUAAUGCAGCUGCUCGUGCCAAGGACUAUGCUUCUCGUGCAACUUACGAAGCUGCUCGCGCCUAUGACGAUGCUGCUCGUGCCCAGGAUGUUGCCGCUUUGAAAGCUGGUCGUGCCACAGAAGCUACUGCAACCGCCAUUUACGAAGAUGCUCGUGCCGUGUACGAACAGGCUAUGGUUCGCAACAGUCGUGUGGAAACGAUCGAUCUCAGCGACAAGAAGAACGAGCCGAUUAUGAAGAGACUCAAGAUAAGUCUGGAUGAGGCCAAGAGAAGUUCGAGGUUUCGUGAGAUAGCGGACAGGGUAGACGAAUCCAAGAUGGCGCUCGAGGCCCUAGAGAAGGAGGACGGAUUUCUUCUUUGGAUGCUGAAUUUGAAGUGGGCCCUAAGGGCAAAGAGUCCUGAUGUCGUGGUUGAAAAAUUCUUAGAGGACCUUGGCACGCACGACGUCCCGCUCGUACAAGAACGAGCGAAACAACUGAAAGAGGCAUACGCAACUUUUCUCAUAUACAUAAAGGGCGUGUCGCGCGCAAUUUACCCUCAAUAG